ACUCAAAUACGGAACAAAACGGACGUUAUUUAUGAACACCAAUUGGUCAUCACAUGUGCGCUAAAAAUGACUGCAAAUUACAUUCAAAUUAAAUGUGCGGCCAACAGUACUCUCCAAGACUUCACGUCAUCGGAAAGCGCCGGUGCCUUCACUUACCACGACUCGCAUGCCUUCACCACAAACACUGCCAACAGAUUCAUCUACUGGAAAACCAAUAAUGAUAUCCUGGAGCUCACGGAGCUGUCGAUGGACACGAAUCUGACCGGAAAUCAGCUGAAGUUACACUUCCAGAAGAAUCCGGUGUUGGAAGGGGUGAGCGUUCACGAGACGAUCGAUAAGGUGUACGUAUUGGUGGCCACCGUGUCGUCGGUUCACCGCUUUGUCUUCACUCAUCCCCGAAAGUUGGGUUCAAUAUCCGCAGCGAGCACUAGGAGUUCACCGCAGAGUUUGCUAACAUCGGUGACGGGUAUAGAGCUGUUGCGUCCGUCCAUUUUCUACAAUGUGUACACUCAAGAUCUGGACAACCCAUCCAACUAUAGUGUUCUGCCCUCUUAUGGCUCAUCACUGGGUCUACCCAUACCUACCACAUCGUGCUCGUGGCUCACACCGCAAAGAGAGGCCGUCUUCGUAAUCGCCAAUAAUGUGGGUUCGCUUCUUGUGGUCCGAUUGGGUGCACCCGAAGACUCAGGAAAAGUAAUUAGUUAUGAAUUAAAGCAAACGACGAUUAUAGGCCGCCUCUGGAACGGAAUCGUACCCUCCAUUAUGAGAUCUAAAAAUAUGUUAACCAUAAUUAGGGGCACACAAGAGGGCGAUGAGGCGGCGGUUAGUUUGGUUUGGCAUCCAAUACAAGACGAUUACCUGAUAUUCGCGUUGUGUCGUGAUUUGAAGAUCAGAAUGUGGUCUCAGAAACGCCAGGACUGCUUACUGUCCCACUCUUUAGUACAACAAACCCACACAACACACAAAUUAUAUUCUAAUAUGAAUGUUCGACGGCCCGUCAUAUUAAAGAAGUGGAUAUCAAGAGACAAUUCGACUCUAUAUUUGGCGGCAUUUAUUGCAGGCGGAGAUCAAAGACAGUUCACUCUUUUCCAGCCUAUUCUUGACAAUAAUCACUAUUCAUUGAGGCCUUUAGCUGUGGUGAACGCACCCGAAGCUGAUUUGAUCGACUUUUGCAUUGCAAACGAUCAGAUUUGGUCACUUUGGCUCACGGCUAAUAACGUGUCCAAACUUUUAUACUGCCCUAUAGAAAGUUAUUCUUCGUGGGACUGGAGGUCUCUUGCCUUACAUUCGCAGUUCACACAUAAGAUUAACAUUAACUCAAUUCUGGUCGACCCGCGAGAGCUUUACAUACAAGACAUCUUCAUGUCUGGGAACUUUUCUCUUCAAACAAUUGCCAAAUCAAUUAGUAUUAUGAGCAGAAUUUCCGAAUCGUCUCUAAUUGGAUGCAAAACAGAACUUCUCAUAGAAGAGGCGACAAAAGUGGUUGAAAAUAAAAUAAGAAGUCUUGUCGGAGCGGCUGAACUGUCCGCCGAAGAAUAUACAGCUCUUGAAUUGGAGUCGUGGCGUAAUUUGCACUCAUUUUGCAUCCAAUAUCACAGCGCAGAGAAUAAACCGCUCGGACUCUUCAUUGAUCCCAAAACCGGCUUUAAAGGGAUUAUCAAGAAAUCAAACAUUGAGUUUCCCGUCAAAAAUGAUCCCAUGGACGACAUUAUUGACGAAUCGACAUUUGAUAGCAAAUACGACUUGAGUAGUGUCUGCGAAGACCCAUCACUUGAGUCCAGUUUGGCUUUCCUUCUCAGAAGUGUUUCCCAAAUCAAUGAAUCGCUUAUUGACGACGACUUGAUUGCAUUCGAAGCCUUUCUAUUAAGAGGAGAGUCGGCCAUCUCUGCGGCCGAAGCACUCAUUGAUAAUUCAUUGAUGUUAACAAUUGAUCCCAAAUCACUGAAUGGCGAGCCUCUUAAGCACGCAUUUGAUAACAUCCAUUUGAAAGCUCCACAACUUUUGGAUGCCAUUCAAUUGAUGAUCAAAUCAUUGGAAUCCUAUUUGAAAGACUCAAAUGACGAGCAAAACGUUUUAAUGGAUGUCUCGCAGACAAUAUCACCCAUUUUUCAGAACUGUCUCUCCAGUAGUCGUGGACUAAAUUUGUUGAGCGAAAGCGUCAAACGAGUCGUGAGAUUACGGUUCAACUUUUGCCGCGAUUUACUACUCUUCCAGUCGUUUAUCACUAAAUUAAGAAACAAAGAGAGUCUUGAAAUCAUUGAGAAAAUCAUUUCAAACACAAUACCAAUGACUGUGGAAAUUUUGAACGCAUAUUAUCUGAUGGCUUGGAUUUGCGAAACACCGAUGAGUGUGGGAAAUGUCGGCUCAAUUGCCGCCGAAGACAGCGUCGCUCUUCUCUCACUUCUGGAACUAAACGAAUACAUAAAUGUGAACCGAAGCGGCGCUUCUUCUUCGGCUCUACUCUUUGAUUGCGGACCAAAAACAAUAAUCAAUCACUUUAUCCAAAACAAUGGCGGAAUUUUGGCCAAAAGAUUGUUAACCAAUAAAUUUAAGCGAAGAGACGAUAAUAUAUCAAAUUUAGAGAUAUGGGCGUCACUUAUGCCUCAAUUCGUACAUUCAAUUGUACUCCUCAUCUCUCCGCUCACAACUCACUUCCAUUUACCAGAGUUUAUGUUAGGCUUCGGUCAGUACCACCUCCUCAUUGAAUACAUCAAUAAACUGGACGUUUGGUGCGAAUGGAACUCCCAUUCGCGACUAUUCCUCAAAGCCCUCUGUUAUCUUAUAAUCGGAGAGUCGUAUAAAUCGGUCACACUUUUCAAUAGAGCUCUGUUUGGUCUAAACGAAGAUUCAUUUCUCAAACGUGUAAUUAUUGGUCAAAAUCGUGAUAUUGAAGCCGAAGAUGAAGACAGCGAUGCCAUAAAAUCGAAUACAAUCUAUAAAUAUUACAACAAAUUAUUGCAAUUGUUUGCAAUCUAUGGUUCGCCCGAUUCUAUCAUAGAAGUGGUGGACAGCGCUGUCUCUGCGUUAGACAAAGACGAUGACAAUUAUGACGAACACAUCUCAUCGUUAUAUUCGACUAAAUUUAUGGCUCACUUAGAGUUGGAGAACACGACCGAAGCCUAUGAGGCGAUGAUAUCUAAUCCCGAUUUAUCACAGAAGAAGAUAUGUUUGCGACAAUUCAUUGUCCAUCACUGCGAGAACCGGCAAUUAUCAGCGCUCACUGCCUUCUCCUACAACAACAUCGAAGAGGAAUUUGUCAACAUUAUUGAGUCGAGAGCCAGAUCUACAGAUUUGCUUUCGUCCAAUCAAAUCAAUUAUUACCAUCUCUUGUACUCGUAUUUUGUGAGAGACAGUAACUAUAGACGCGCGGCGUCUGUGAUGUACGAGUUCUGCCGACGCCUGAGUCAAGAAGUGAAUGGAUUGGAAAGUAUCAAACAACAGGUCAACGCCUAUCUCAUUGUCUUGAAUUGUCUCAAAAUAAUAAAUCCCAAGUAUUCGUGGAUUGUUAAGCAUUCCUACAAAAGAGAGACCUCAUCGCCGCUCACGAAACGCAAACUCCACUCAAACGUGAAGAGAGCCGUCGGUGGAGACGACGAAAGCGCUAAGAGAUCAGUAGAGUUGGAAAUCAUGGACAGCAAUGACAUGAAACGUGAGUACGAAUUAGUGAAAGCGAGACUUCGCUUAUUGCAAAAGGACGAGAAGACAUUCGCCAUCGCAAACACACCCCUCGACGCCACCGAAACCAUCACUCUUCUCAUAUCCGCGUCACUCUUCGACUUAGCGUUCAAUUUGUGUUCAUUACUCAAACUGAAAUACGAGCCCAUCUUUGAGGGCAUUGUUUCCAAAUAUAUAUAUUUAGUCCAAUCGGGAAACAGCUAUGAAAUUGUCGACGUUUACGACUGUUUCGUCGAUAACGACACGCCGUCUCUGGGCUUUAUAAACGCUGCAGAUAUGGCGCCCGUCGACAAGAUGUGGCAUUUGAUCACCACUUAUCUCCACAAAUACGAGACCGAAGGCCAGACAUGUCUUAAGAGAUGUGUGGCCGAGAAGUUAUUAGCCAAUGGUUUAAUGAUUCCAACGUGUCUUAAACUAAAAUAUCAGAAACAAAACUGCCCGGAAUUGCUUCGACUCUUACUUACAUAUGAUUUCAUUGAAGAGGCGUUUGAUUUGUCCAUUGAGUACAUGAGAGCUUUCGAAGGAAAGGGAACUGAAUAUUUCGAUAUUCGGUCCGCUCUACUGCCCAACACUCGACCCCUUUAUAUUCCUUACCAUAUAUUUAACGCUUUGUUGAAGAUUUUACACCAAGAGAAGAGUGUCGCUAAAUAUAAACAGAUGUAUAACAGCCUAAACGUUGAAUUAAGAAAACUCCGAGAACUGACUAUUCAUACAUCAAAUUCAUCAUUAAUCGCAUGA